CGCCCAAUCCCCGUAUAUACAGUCGGGUGGUCGCCCGCCGCAUCCUCCCCGCGAAACAAAUCCCCCCGCCCAGCCCACCACCACCGCCCACACGAUGGCCUUCCUAAUCCUCGUGAUCGGCGACCUGCACAUACCCGACCGGGCGCCCGACAUCCCCGCCAAGUUCAAGAAGCUGCUGUCGCCGGGCAAGAUCGCGCAGACGCUGUGCCUGGGCAACCUGACGGACCGCGCGACGUACGAGUACCUGCGCGGCAUCGCGCCGGACCUGAAGCUGGUGCGCGGGCGCAUGGACGUCGAGGCGACGGCCCUGCCGCUGACGCAGGUGGUCACGCACGGCGCCGUGCGCGUCGGCUUCCUCGAGGGCUUCACCCUCGUCAGCGACGAGCCCGACGUGCUGCUGGCCGAGGCCAACCGCCUCGACGUCGACGUGCUGUGCUGGAGCGGCGGCACCCACCGCUUCGAGUGCUUCGAGUACAUGGACAAGUUCUUCGUCAAUCCCGGCAGCGCCACCGGCGCGUUCACCGCGGCUGACUGGGUGGGUGAUGCCGGCUCAGGGAGGGGGCAGGACGAGCGCGGGGAGGUGGUGCCGAGCUUCUGCUUGAUGGAUGUACAAGGAAUCUCUUUGACGUUAUAUGUCUACCAGCUAAGGAAAGGAGAGAACGGGACGGAGAACGUGGCUGUCGAGAAGGUCACCUACACCAAGCCGGUCGAGCCGACGGGGGCCUCAUGAUAUAUGCUCUCGGGGACAGGUGACGGCGGUUGUGAGGUGACUUGGGAAGACCCAGCCACAGGAGUACGUACUUAAACGAAUAAGCUCGGGAGGCACGGUACCGACAUGCCCAAGGGGUGGUCGACGCAUAAUACCGAACGCGCCAGACCUUCAAUUUCGAACAGGAAGGGGAAGAGCUCACAAGGAAGCGGAUGGGCAUGGAUAAGGCGGGCAACGGCUAUAGCGCAGGCCGACGUGUGGGUUGAGGCGAUGGAGAUGGUGGAACGCA